UUGUUUGUGCCAUCUAUAGCUCAUAACUUUUAUCAGUAGACUAAAGGGAUCACCGAAACCCUUCUUUGGAUCAGCACCAUUGGCCACUAAAGGAAGAACCACCUCGACCUGUUCUUGGUGGCUAUAAAUGUGGGGGGAGUAGCUAGUGACCAGAAGGGAAGACGAGGACGACGACGAUCGAGAGGCUUGGGCGAAGACGACAAAGAGGCGAAGUUAGCGAUGGCGGCGAAGAACGAGGAGACGCGAAAGGGCCCAUGGAUGGAGCAGGAGGACCUCCAACUGGUACGGUUUGUGCGCUUGUUCGGUGAACGUCGUUGGGAUUACUUGGCCAAGGUGUCAGGUUUGAGCGGUGGCGGGGACACAGGGCAACAGAGGCUGCGUUGGGUCAACUACCUUCACCCUGGUCUCAGGCACGGCCGCAUGACCCCCGAGGAAGAACACCUUGUGCUCGAACUCCACGCCAAAUGGGGCAAUAGGUGGUCUCGGAUCGCUCAAUGCCUUCCAGGUCGAACUGACAACGAGAUCAAGAACUACUGGAGGACUCGCAUGAGAAAGAAGGCGCAAGAACGGAGGAUGAGCACGUCCGCUUCGCCGUCGCCUUCGUCAUCCUCGAGCAAUAUUUCCUCCUCUGCUAAUGAGCCGCCACCGGACCUGGUGAUGAAGAAGCGUGAUGGGAUGGAAAGCGUGGCUGUAGGCAGCUCUCUGACCCUAGGAUUUGGAACCAACGAGGGCGUGAUGGCGUACAGCAUGGAUCAGAUAUGGGAUGAGAUCGCUGCCACGGACCGCGUCAGUGGGUUGAGCACCGAAGAGCACAAGCACGGAGCUCGCAGCGUGGCUUCUCCCCUGUGGGAACACUGCUCUGCAUCACCGUGGAAGGUUGACGAUGAAGAGUUCGAGAUGCCUACUCCCGCGGAUGGUCUCGUAAUCUCUAGCUUGUGAUGAGUGCUACGGCUUGUGAUGUGGUUUGCAGUGUAAGCUUUAAUUAAUAGGAGAGUGCAAUGUGCUAUUCCAUGAUUACCUUUUAAAAUGAGUACUGACAGACGCAUGUAGUAGUACUUGAUGUUCCACACAAUCUAAAUGGAGCAAAACUUAUUUUGUGAUCA